AGCAUGGAUGUAGCCCGGUGAACCCGAGACAAGAAUGAAACCGCCUGCGGAAAAACAGCAAAGCUUUGGGCCCACUCUUUGUUCUUUUCCCUCCUCUCUCAUUAAAAUGCCACCAGCCCCCCAAGUAACUCCCAAACCCCUCCGCCUCGGUUGCGUCGGCCUCUGGAAUUUACCUUUAAAACCCCCCAAAAUUCCCGUUUCUGUUCAUUUUUAUUCACAGUGUGAGGAGAACGAGAGAAGAUUUGAGGAAUCUGUGAAUGUUGCGAGAAUGAGCAAAGAGUCAAUGGGAGUUGAGAUUGGGAAGAGGAAGCUGGACUCAGGAUGGCUGGCGGCGAGAUCCACCGAGGUCGCCGCCACCGGAGUCCAGCUCAGCACCACUCGACCUCCCUCUGGACCUAACGCUCCUUGGAUCGAGGCCGACGUCCCCGGCACGGUUUUAGGGACUUUGGUGAAGAGUAAGUCGGUGCCGGAUCCUUUCUAUGGGCUGAACAAUGAGUCUAUAUUGGACAUUGGUGAGUCUGGGAGGGAUUACUACACUUUCUGGUUCUUCACUUCCUUUGACUGUAAAUUGUCAGGAAAUCAGCAUGCAAGUCUGAACUUCCGUGCAAUUAAUUAUUCUGGAGAGGUUUAUUUGAAUGGACACAAGGAGAUUCUUCCCAAGGGAAUGUUCCGAAGGCACUCACUUGAUGUCACUGACAUCCUCCAUCCUGAUGGGAAAAAUUUGCUUGCUGUCCUUAUUUAUCCUCCUGAUCAUCCUGGAAAAAUCCCACCUGAGGGAGGUCAAGGUGGUGACCAUGAGAUUGGGAAAGAUGUUGCAACACAGUAUGUUGAAGGCUGGGACUGGAUGGCUCCUAUAAGGGACAGGAACACUGGUAUCUGGGAUGAAGUAUCAAUAUCUAUUACUGGACCUGUGAAGAUUAUUGAUCCGCACCUGGUUUCAUCAUUUUUUGAUGGUUUUAAGAGGGCAUACUUGCAUACUACUGUUGAAUUGGAAAACGAAAGUUCGUGGGCUGCAGAGUGUUCACUGAACCUCCAGGUGACAACAGAGGUAGAAGGAAAUAUUUGCUUGAUUGAACACCAUCAGACUUAUGCCGUUUCAGUUCCUCCUGGAAAAGUUAUUCAGUACACUGUUCCUCCACUCUUCUUUUACAAACCCGUGUUAUGGUGGCCGAAUGGUAUGGGUAAGCAGUCUCUAUAUAAUGUCGAGAUUUCUAUUGAUGUAAAAGGAUUUGGGGAAUCCGAUUCAUGGAAUCAUCAAUUUGGAUUCCGCAAGAUAGAGAACACAAUCGAUGAGGCGACUGGUGGAAGACUAUUCAAGGUGAACGGCGAACGAGUUUUCAUUCGCGGGGGAAACUGGAUAUUGUCGGAUGGACUAUUGCGGCUUUCGGAGAAACGAUACAUGUCAGACAUAAAAUUCCAUGCAGAUAUGAACUUUAACAUGAUCCGGUGCUGGGGUGGAGGACUGUCAGAGAGACCAGAAUUCUACCAUUUCUGUGAUCUGUAUGGUUUAUUGGUUUGGCAGGAGUUCUGUAUAACUGGUGAUGUUGAUGGGCGCGGUGACCCAGUAUCAAAUCCUAAUGGACCUUUGGACCAUGACCUUUUCAUGCUUUGUGCAAGGGACACUGUCAAACUCCUAAGGAACCAUCCUAGUCUUGCUCUUUGGGUUGGUGGUAACGAGCAGACCCCACCACCAGAUAUCAACAAUGCUCUCAAAAACGACCUGAAACUCCAUCCUUUGUUCGGCAAACCUACUAAUACAGAAGUUCAUCUCCAAGAAUCAACAGACCCAAGCCAAUAUCUUGAUGGAACUCGUGUUUACAUUCAAGGCUCCAUGUGGGAUGGGUUUGCAAAUGGAAAAGGGGACUUUACUGAUGGCCCUUAUACUAUACAAAACCCCGCAGACUUCUUUAAAGACGACUUCUACAAGUACGGGUUUAAUCCAGAGGUUGGCUCUGUGGGGAUGCCCGUUGCAGCAACAAUUAGAGCUACGAUGCCACCAGAAGGAUGGAAGAUUCCAGUGUUCAGUAAGCAGCCUGAUGGGUACAUAAAGGAAAUCCCUAACCCAAUAUGGGAGUAUCACAAAUACAUCCCGUAUGCCGAGCCAGAAAAGAAAGUUCAUGAUCAGAUCCUACUCUAUGGCCAGCCUAAAAACCUUGAUGAUUUUUGUGAGAAGGCACAACUUGUUAACUACAUUCAAUAUCGAGCCCUCCUGGAAGGUUGGACAUCCCGAAUGUGGACAAAAUUUACAGGUGUCUUAAUUUGGAAGACGCAGAACCCUUGGACUGGCCUUCGAGGUCAGUUCUAUGAUCAUCUUCAUGAUCAAACUGCAGGCUUUUAUGGUUGUCGCUCUGCUAAUGAGCCCAUUCAUGUCCAACUUAAUUUAUCUACCAACUUAAUCGAGGUAGUAAAUACUACAGCAAAGGAACUUUCAGAUAUAGCUAUAGAAGUUUCAGUGUGGGACCUUGAGGGCAUGUGUCCAUACUAUAAAGUCACUGAGAAGAUCACUGUGCCACCAAAGAAGGUAGUGCAGAUAAUUGAGAUGAAUUAUCCGAAAAUGAAGAAUGCAAAGCCUGUCUACUUUCUUCUCCUUAAACUGUUCAAGUCGUCCAAUAAAGCAGUCCUAUCUCGAAACUUUUACUGGCUGCAUCUCCCUGGUUGUGAUUACAAGCUCUUGGAGGCUUACCGCAAAAGAAAAGUUCCACUCAAGAUUUCCUCUCAAGUUCUCAUCACAGGUUCCACAUACAAAAUCCGAAUGCAUGUGUAUAACACAUCUAAGGAGUCCAAGAAACUAAUAGCCUUGAACAACUAUGAAACAGUUGAAAAUGAAACUGUAGGAUUUGAAGAUCAAACAAGAAAUCAAUGUGGUAGUUUGUUUAAGAGAUUCUUUACAGGCUCUUGUUCAGAUAAUGAUGUGAAGAAAGUAGUUGAGACAGGUGGAACUGAUAUAGGAGUUGCUUUCUUCCUUCACCUCUCUGUUCAUGCUGCCAAAAAAGUUGAGGGAACCAUGGGAGAAGACACUAGAAUUCUUCCAGUUCACUAUUCUGAUAACUAUUUCUCACUUGUUCCUGGUGAAAAAAUGACUGUCAACUUGACGUUUGAGGUUCCUCAGGGCGUUACUCCUCGUGUCACACUUGAUGGCUGGAAUUACCAUGAGAAGCAGUUUGUUCUGUGAGCUGUCAACCGAUUGAGGUUUGUUCUCUGACUCAUUCUGCUGAUAUUAAAGUAUUAAAGAGGUAUGUUUUUUCAAGAUCAAGAAAGGAAAAAAGAAUGCAAAGAAGUAAAGAAGCAUGUAAAAGUGUUUGAAAAAAAAUAAAAAAGAGACUUGCAACCUGUUUGUAGUAAAAUUGGGGCAAGGGAAACCAGCAUAAAAUGUUCUAUAAUGUGUGCGCUGGAAGGUAAUAAGCAAUGGUGUUGUGAGAAAAAAAAAUUCUUGCUAUUUUCUGGUUAAUUGUUGCUCUAUUAACUAUUUUAUUUCUAUUGUCAAUAAACGCGACUGGUAAUAGAUAUGUGAGUUAGUUCAUGUCUAUGGCAGAGACAUGCGCAUAUCUGUAGUAAAGAACUGGUGAUGUUGAAUAGCAAUCUUGCUUCAUAUCUGCAGUACAAAGAAUUGGUGAUGCU